CUAUGUGAAGAGGGUCUAUUUUUAUUUCACCUUCUUUCUACUGUCGUACCGUUCAACCGGGUUCCAAUUCUGUCUGCUUUUUCUCGGAAAUAAUAAUUUGUAUAAUCAGAAAGCCGAUGGGUCGGCCGCCGAGCAACGGUGGUCCCUCUUUCCGCUUUAACCCUGUCGAGGUUGGAGAAAUGGAGGCUAUUCUGCAAGCACACAAUUGUGCAGUGCCUGCACGCGAGAUACUCGAGGCUCUUGCUCAGAGGUUUAGUUCCUCUGCUGAACGAGCCGGAAAGGUGGAAGUUUCAGUGAAACAAGUUUGGAACUGGUUUCAGAAUAGGCGAUAUGCACUUAGAGCGAAAGCAGCUAGGGCUUCUGUUCCUGGGCAGGUGAACAUGAUGCCGGUGCCUCGAGAUGAGCAAGCUGUAAAAAGUGUACCACAGGUUCCUCAAUCUCAAGGCCCUCAACCACCGGUUACUCAACCACAGGUUCCUCAACCACAGGUUCCUCAACCACAGAUUCCUCAACCUCAGGCUCCUCAUCCUCAGGCUCCUCAAGCACAGCCUGCUCCUUCAUCUUCAGUGAGAAGUAUUCCUCAAGCCCCUCAUCCUCUUCCUGCUCCAUCAGCUGCACAAAAUGCAGGCAGGAAUGGUUCAGAGAAUACUCAGAUGGAGUUUGAAGCCAAAUCUGCCAGGGAUGGUGCAUGGUACGAUGUUGCAUCUUUUCUGUCACAUAGAUCAUUAGAGACUGGAGAUCCGGAAGCUCUGGUUCGUUUUGCUGGUUUUGGACCAGAAGAGGACGAAUGGGUCAACAUUCGCAGGCAUGUGAGACAACGAUCACUCCCAUGUGAAUCAUCAGAGUGUGUGGCUGUUCUCCCUGGAGAUUUGAUACUUUGCUUUCAGGAAGGUAAAGAACAAGCCCUAUACUUUGAUGCACAUGUUCUUGAUGCACAAAGGCGGAGGCAUGAUGUAAGAGGCUGUCGUUGUAGGUUUCUGGUGCGAUAUGAUCACGAUCAAUCCGAGGAAAUAGUUCCGCUCAGGAAGAUUUGCCGUCGGCCUGAAACAGAUUAUAGGUUGCAGCAACUUCAUGCUAUGUCGGCAAAUAUGAAUCCACAGAAAAUGGGGAUAGACCCUCAAGUAGGGAAUAAUGUUUUGAAGGUCGAUGCCACUGGUGGAGCAACACAAAAGCAGCCCAAGCCUGAGGAGCGCAUAGAUACUAGAUCAAUGACAAAUCCAGCUAUUCUUACCAAUGUUCCUGCAGCCUCUGAAUCUAAAUUACUAACAUCUAAGAUUUCUGAUGCUGGAAAUUCACCCGCUGUUGGAAACUCAAAUUCUUGACAUGCUACUAUGGUAAAUGACUGGUACUGAUGGGUGAAGUCCAAGUAUACAGCAAGGGUAGAUGGGGAAACAUUUCAUGUUAACAAUUUAGUUUGAACUAUAACUGUUGUUUGUAUUAUGCUCUUAAAAUAGUUCGAGUUCCUGCAA